UCGGCCUCCCAAAGUGCUGGGAUUACAGGUGUGAGUCACCAUGCCCAGCUGUAUUGGGUAUUUAUGAAAUUUUAUAAGGAUAUCAUUUGGAAAAAGGGACAUCUUAUUGAGGUUUUUCUAGGAACACGUGUCAUCUUUCCACUUACUCCAUUCUGCUUUGAUAGAAAUUUAAAAAUUCUUCCAUGAGGACGAUUAAAUAUUGAUUAUGAGUCUUAUUUACUACUUGAUUAAAUUUGGUCUAGAGUAAACUGCUUGCAACCUUCAGAAUAUUCUCUCUUGGUAUAACCACAUGGGAUGAGCUCAAUUCCCCAGUGGACAAGUUGUGACAACAAGUGUGACAUAUGUCUACUAGGAAAGCUCAUUCAAGACUCAGUGCCCAGAGUGUUUUUUGGGGGCUAGUCUCCUAGGCACCGCUGCUAGUUUGGAGCAAAAGAGUAGGCUUUCAGAAGGAAAACAGUUCAGUCAGUACCAUCCUGUUUGUCAAUAGUAAACCGUUUAGCCACAGUGAGCCACUUUGUCACUUAGGUUGAUGGGAUCCCUCUUGUAGUCUAAGUUCCCCCUGAUGGUAGCAAAGGUCGAACUUGGUGAACAGGCCUUUCUAAGGAGACCCAGACUCAGGACUGCUGAAAGGAGUGCUGUCUGCGCACCAGGUGGCGGCAGUUUGUUGUGACGGAGAGAUCCUCUCUGCAAAGAGCAUUCGGGGCAACGCAGCAGCACAACUGACUCCCUGGACCCACCACGGAGAGGGUGUUCCUCCUCUGCGGCUGGCUCUCUGAGUAGGACUCAGUGGCCUUUGAGGAUGUGGCUGUGAACUUCACCCAGGAGGAGUGGGCUUUGCUGAGUCCUUCCCAGAAGAAUCUCUACAGAGAUGUGAUGCUGGAAGCCUUCAGGAACCUGGCCUCUGUCGGAAUCCAAUGGAAAGACCAGGACACUGAGAAUCUGUACCAAAAUCUGGGGAUUAAGCUAAGAAGUCUGGUGGAGAGACUCUGUGGACGUAAAGAAGGGAGUGAACACAGAGAAACCUUCAGGCAGAUUCCUGAUUGUCACCUGAACAAGAAAAGUCAUACUGGAGUGAAACCAUGCAAAUGCAGCGUGUGUGGGAAAGUCUUCCUCCGUCAUUCAUUCCUGGACAGGCACAUGAGAGCUCAUGCUGGACACACAAGAUCCGAGUGUGGUGGGGAAUGGGGAGAGAAGCCCCGUAAACAGAAACAACGUGGGAAAGCCUCCGUCUCUCCCAGUAGUGGUGCACAGCGCACAGUAACACCAACUCAAAAGAGACCUUAUGAAUGCAGGGUGUGCGGGAAAGCCUUUAAUUCUCCUGAUUUAUUUCAAAUCCAUCAAAGAACUCACACUGGAAAGAGGUCCUAUAAAUGCAGGGAAAUAGUGAGAGCCUUCACCGUUUCCAGUUUCUUUCGAAAACAUGGCAAAAUGCAUACUGGAGCAAAACGCUAUGAAUGUAAAUACUGUGGAAAACCUAUCGAUUAUCCCAGUUUAUUUCAAAUUCAUGUUAGAACUCACACUGGAGAAAAACCUUACAAAUGUAAACAAUGUGGUAAAGCCUUCAUUUCCGCAGGUUACCUUCGGACACAUGAAAUCAGAUCGCACGCGCUGGAGAAACCCCACCAAUGUCAGGAAUGUGGGAAAAAAUUCAGUUGCUCCAGUUCCCUUCACAGACAUAAAAGAACCCAUGGUGGAGGGAAACUCUACAAAUGUCAGAAAUGUGCCAAAGUCUUUAGAUGCCCCACAUCCCUUCGAGAACAUGAAAGGGCGCACACUGGAGAAAGACCUUAUGAAUGUAAUAAAUGUGGUAAAACCUUCAAUUAUCCCAGUUGUUUUCGAAGACAUAAAAAAACUCAUAGUGGAGAAAAGCCAUAUGAAUGUAAAAGGUGUGGUAAAGCCUUUGGGUCGUGCAGUUCCCUACGAAGACAUGAAAUGAUUCACACUGGAGAAAAGCCCUUUGACUGUAAACAGUGUGGUAAAGUCUUUACUUUUUCAAAUUACCUUAGGCUUCAUGAAAGAACUCAUUUGGCUGGGCACAGGCCGUGCUUUGGCAGGAGGUAGGUGGAUCACCUGAGCCCAGGAGUUUGAGACCUCAGAUAUCCCAGUUCUAUUCAGAGCCUCAGAUAUCCCAGUUCUAUUCAGAUAUCCCAGUUCUAUUCAGAGCCAUAAAAGGACUAAUACUGGAGAAAAAUUGUAGAAAUAUACAGAAUAUGGGGAAACUCUCAUCGCUAUCAUCUCCAUUCAAAGACACAUGUCAGUGCACAGUGGGGAUGGAUGAUACGAAUCGAAGAAUACACACUGGAUGGAAAUGUUAGGAGUUUGGAAAAUACAGGAAACUUCAAUUUUAACAAUUAUUAAAAUUCACAUGGGCUGUG